UCUAGCUGUGCUUGUUUAAGUGGUGCUCCAAUCCAAGGGAUCAAGUGCUAACUAAAUUGAUGGCGACCAAGUCUCCGGGCACAGCCGCGGAACCUCCCUCUUCCUCCGCCGAAACACCUCCACCUCCACCUCCACCUCUGCCUCUGCCUCCGCCUCCGCCUCCUCCUCCUGCGAAUCAACCACCGCCACCGCCGGCGAAGCCUGAGGUCCCAUUGUCCGAUUCCAAAGAGGCUAACCUAAUCCUAAUCCCCAGCCACUCCAGGUGGUUCUCAUGGGAUUCUAUUCACCAAUGCGAGGUCCGUCACCUCCCGGAGUUUUUCGAUUCAGGUUCUUCCUCCUCCAAGAACCCUAGGGUUUACAAGUACUACAGGAAUUCCAUCAUCAAGUAUUUCAGAUACAAUCCCACCAGAAAAAUCACCUUCACCGAUGUUCGGAAAACGCUUGUCGGAGACGUUGGUUCAAUCAGAAGAGUGUUUGAUUUCCUCGAAGCUUGGGGUUUGAUCAAUUACCAGCUAUCUUCGGCGUCGAGCAAGCCCUUGAAGUGGGACGACAAAGAGAGCAAACCCGAUUCUGCAUCCAAUCUGAACGAAUCUUCGGUUCCUACCCGAGAGACCACUAAGAGAGUCUGCAGUGGCUGCAAAGCGGUGUGUACCAUUGCUUGCUUUGCUUGUGAUAAGUAUGAUUUGACUCUGUGUGCGAGAUGUUAUGUUCGGGGCAAUUAUCGAGUUGGUGUGAGUUCUUCAGAUUUUAAGCGAGUGGAGAUAAGUGAGGAGACAAAGACGGAUUGGUCUGAAAAGGAAACUAUGAAUCUCUUGGAAGCCAUUACGCAUUUUGGUGAUGAUUGGAAGAGGGUUUCUCAGCAUGUUGUUGGCAGGACUGAGAGGGAAUGCGUUGCUCACUUUUUGAAGCUUCCUUUUGGGGACCAAUUCCUACAGUAUCAACACUCUGGCGUGAGUGCUGAUAUUGCUAAUAAUCAAUUAAAGAAGAAUGCUGAUGCUGAAUGUGAAUUGGAAACUGUUGGUUCAGCAGAACCUAGUAAAAGAAUGCGUCUCACACCUCUCGCCGAUGCAAGCAAUCCUAUUAUGGCUCAGGCUGCUUUCCUGUCUGCUUUGGCAGGUUCAGAGGUUGCACAAGUUGCUGCUCAAGCUGCAGUGACAACUCUGUCCGAGGUUUACAAAACAACUGGAAUAAACUACGGGUCACUUCCAAGGAAUACAUUGCUGCAAGACGGUGCUGGUAUUGCAUCUAACGGGGGUAAUACUUUAGAUUCAUUUCAAGGAUCUCGAUUGCAUGCAAAUAUACAUCUUGAGAAGGAAGAAUCAGAUACGGAAAAAGCAAUUUCUGAGAUUAUAGAAGUUCAGAUGAAAAAUAUCCAAGACAAGCUUGUUCAUUUUGAAGAUUUAGACCUGCUGAUGGAAAAAGAACGCCAGCAGUUGGAGCAAAUGAAGAACAUGUUUUUCAUUGAUCAGCUUACUCUUUUAUUUCAUAAACCAUCUGCACCAAAAAUCAGAGAAUGCCCAGAAGGAAAUAAUGUAAAAACGAACUGAUGACUGACGACUUUUAAUUAGCUACUGAUCUUAGGUUUAGCGAGUGUAUUCAAUUUUCAUUUUCAAUUAUCCAGCACUCUGUUUGCUUUGGCUGGGAAGCUUCUGGAUAAUUGUUCAGUAUUAUAUGUAAUAUAAUCAAUUGCUUACUCAAUUCUGAGUUAGGGUGGUGCUGAGAGUUUUUUUUUGUUCUUAAAA